AUGGAGACCCUACUCCCCCCCGGCGGCUUCCAGCUGCCCUUCCGCAACAGCCUCUCCCGCCUCUACAACGACACCAAGAAGUCCUCCGACUUCGUCCAGGCGCCCGUCCCGCGCGAGAAGCAGCAGGACCCGGACGCCGCCGGCCUGCACCGCAAGCUCCGCAUCCAAAAGGACCGCCUCGUCGGCUGGGGCCUCGAGUGGUCCGACCCCGCCGCCCAGACCGCCGAGAUUGACGAGUCGCUCUCGCGCGCGGGCCUCGCAGAGGUCGUCGCCAGCAUCAUGUCCACCAUCAAGGACAUCCUCGCCGAGGCCGAGCAGCUCUGGCUGAGCGGAAGCGGCGGCGCGGACAACAAGGAGAAGAAGGACAAGAUGGUGCAGUGGGAUCGGGCUCGCUUCGAGGACCUGGUCAAUGACUUUACAGCGUCCGUGGACACCCUCUAUGACCUAUCAAGAGCACGCGGCGCCGCGAUGCGGACACCCUCCAAAGAUGGCAGCUCCGGCUCCUACAAGGCAGCCACCGCCGCCGCCGCCAGUUCCCGCUCGUUUGAGCCGACGCGCAUAAAUACACCGCAAGUCAUCGACCCCGCGCAGCUCACCGAGAUCCCGCCCGCCCAGACCCAGCUGCCCCCCGGCACUGACGCCUCCGCGCAGCCCGCCGUCGUGCUCAUGAGCAAGACGGCCUACGCGGACAUGGCGCGCGGCCGUACCCUCGCGCCUUGGGGCCCGCUGCUGCUCGAGUACGCGCCCUUCGACGCCAUCUACGCCGCCACCGGCAUCGCGCCGCCCAUGGCGCGCUUCGAGCGGCUCUCCGCCGGCCUCUCCACCCACCCGCCGCCGCAGUCGCGGUGGUCCGGCCUGCCGCUGCUGCUCGGGUACUUUGAGGACCUGGAGCGCGCGCGCUUCGGUCUCGUCUACCGCCUCCCCGCGCCGCUCGACGCCCGUGUCCUGGACGCCUACAGGAGGGCCGCGACGCACGACAUGCGCUCGCUGCGCGUGCUGCUUGAGGACCCGGCGCGCGAACCCCCCCUCGAGGCCAAGUUCCGCCUCGCGCGUAACAUCGCCGGCACCGUCUUCGACAUGCACGCGCGCGGUGUCACGCACGGAAAGCUCGCCGCGGACAACGUCCUGUUUUGCGACGAGGAGGCCGCGGCCGAGGGGGUCCUGCCGCUGAACGCGGCGGUAGACGUGCGACGGCCGCUGAUCUCGUCGUUUGACGUCUUUUCCGAGCCCAAGACGAGCGAGUCGCAGAGGUCGUCUGUGCUCCAUGUCGCCGACGAGCGCGUGCUGGAGCUGCAAGCGCUCUCCGUGCUGCUCCUGUCCGUCGGUCUCUGGAUGAACGUCGAGAGGCUGCCGUCGGACGACGCCGGAAUUGCGUCGGCCAUGGCUUUGCUCGAGGUUAAGUGCGGCGGCCUGUACGCCAAGGCGGUCCGCACCUGCGGGGAGGCGAUGGGAACCGGCGGCGAGGAUCGGGAGGCCGCGCUGGUGCAGGUGCAGAUGCGCAUAGGCCGCUUCCUCGAGACGUGCUGCAUCCUGGACGGCGUCAGCGGUUGGGAGAAGAGACUGGAUGCGGACAUGAAGGAAGAGGCGAGGCAGUCGAGCGAUGCCAAGCACAAGCACGACAUUGCCCAGCCUUCCUCACAACCGCAGGCCCUCGCACCAGAAGACGCGACCACUCACGGCGUGCGCGAAGCACAGCCUGCAAAGCCCGCCGCCAAGGAGCACAAGCUCAGGCUGUACAGCCAGGUGCCGCUGCCCGCCGAGGCGGUCGAGAAGUGGAACACGAUCCUCAUGCCGCAGAUCAACCAGGCGCUGCGCCACUUCUACCGCAAGCACCCGGAGUCGGUCGAGAUCUCGCUCGAGUCCAUCGGGCUGAGUCCGCAGCAGACGGAGCCGACGGUGCUGGUCGUGUGCUCCUCCGUCGGCAAGGUGCGCGCCAUCCUCAACAAGCGCGUCGGCGGUCUGUUUGACGGGUCCACGGGGUUCGCGCUGCGGGUUUGUCGCGGGCAUGUGGUCCGGUCCCGCGCCGCCCGGCGCUCCAUGGCUACUUCUACGCACGACGACGACGGAGAGUUGGUGGAGGCUGUGAACCCGCAGUACCAGGAGCGCCCGGGCAACGGUGCGAGCAUCGGCGCGUGGAUCGGUGACCGACACCUGCCGCCGGUCAGCUUCGGCGGGCUGGUCGUGGUGGACGGAAGGACGUACGGCAUGACGGUGCACCACAUGCUAGACGACCCGGACCGGGACGACCUCGGCGGCCAGGGGGCGCAGCGCAGCGCAGCCUACCGCGACGCGGCCCAAUAUGACGAAAGCACCGACGACGGCGAUGAUGACGACGAUGGCUACGAGCUAUCCGACACGGAGUCGGAAGCGUACUCUGACACGGACAUCACAAGCGACUACGGCGACGACGACAGCGACGACGACGACGACGACGACGAAGAGGCAGCGGAGCCGGGCGACAUUCCCGGCGUCGAGCCCGGCUGCGGCGACGGCUACGUAGUCACACAGCCCGCCCUCGACGACGUCGAGGAGGGCUUCUACCCGUGCACCGAGACCGAGGACGAGGACCACCUCGCCACCUUCCGCCUCGGCGCCGUCUACGCGUCCAGCGGCAUCCGCCGCCGCCGCGACCCGCACCGCGGCCUCGUCCACGAGGUCGACUGGGCGCUCUUCGAGUUCGCCCCCGACCGGCUCCCCGACGACCAGCCGGGGUGCGGGCAGCCGCAACAGCCGACCGUGCUCGCGCCGUCCGCCGCGCUGCCCGGCAAGCACGUCCGGUGCGUCGCGCGCACCAGCGGCUCCCGCCAAGGCCUCAUCCUUCCCGCCCUGUGCAGCGUGCGCAUCUACGGCCGCGUGUCCCCCAGCCACGCGCACCAAGUCGCCAGCACCGAGCCCUCCUCCUCUGGCUCUCGGGCGAUGGGCAUACCGGGGGACAGCGGGGCGUGGGUCGUCGGCGCCGAGGACGAUGGGGACUUGUGCGGCCACGUGCUCGCGUGGAGCGCGCGGAAGCGCGUCGCGUAUAUAUGUCCGAUGGACGUGCUGCUGCUGGACGUGGCGCGGACGCUGGGCGCGCGCGAGGUGCGGCUGCCGGGCGGCGAGCCGGUGGUGGUGCUGGAGGAGGAGGAGGAGGAGGAGGCGGAGGAGGAGGCGGAGCAGGUCAGGGGGGAGGUGGUGCUGCCGAGGGCGAUGGGCGGUGGUGCUGCGGCGCGGAGCCUGGCGAGGGAGGUGGCGGACGUGACGAUGGGCGUCAAGGGCAUCGAUGUGAGGAGUUGA